AUGGGUCAAGUGGGCCCUGCGAACCUUACUUCAGAUGCCACGAACCCUGCCAGCUUUAACGACAAGGACGCCCCCAUCGCUCCUGAAGGUGUUUGCAUGCCCGUGGAGAGAUUUCAUCCUGCUUGGAGUUUGUCGGGUAAGUGCAUGGACAAGGACGAGGUGCUCAGCAAGACGACCAGGAUCAAUGGAUUGAAUGGCUGGAUCGCCGCCUUUUUCUCCCUCUUCGCCGUUUUCAUUGCUGGUCAAGUGGUAGAUACAGUUGGACGCCGGCCAGUGCUGAUUUGCUUCCUCUCGUCCAACAUUGUGGUCAAGGUGUUGCUCUUGGUGUCCUGCUACCUGCCCUACGGGCCUUUCUUUGCAAUCCUCGUCCUGCAGAACGUGAUCGAGGUGGCCUUUGCUUCGGGGGUGGAGCCGGCGCUGAAUUCGAUGAUCGCGGACCGGUCCCGUGGGAAUGAGGACCUCCGGGGCGACGGCUUUGCGGCCCUGGGCAUGGUGAUGCACGCGGCGGAUGUGCUCGCAUUUCUGGCCGGCUAUCCGGUGUUGAAGCUGCACCUCGAGAACUACACGGUGUUUUGGGGCCCUUUGAUAGUUGUUAGUAUUGUGGCUUACAUUAUUUUUAACUGCAUCCCCUGCUCCACUCUGCCGGAGACCCUGCACGAGGUGGUGGACAUGUCCGAGGCGGCGGAAGAGGACGAGGAGGAGGAGGACUCGGUGCAGGAGAGCUUCUGUGGAACGGCCGAGCGGUGCUUUCGGGCGCUCUGCUCGGAGACGAUCUUGGGCUUCAAGAUGGUGCUUUCGGAUCCCUACCUGGCGCAGUUCCUGGUGAUUUGGGCCCUGAUCCUGGUGUCCAUGAGUGGCUCCUGGAACCUCGCCACCCAGUACCUGCUCGGCCUGGGCUACGAGCAGGCGAAUGCUUCGCUGGCGAGGCCCGCGUGGCAGCUUUCUCUGGUGCUGGGAGCGGCAAUAAGCCCUCACUUCAUCAGGAACUGCUCGGCCACGGGGGCCUUCAUCUUGGCGCUGGUGAUGAUGGCGGUGGGAUUCUUCUGGUGCGGCACCGGGGGCCACGACCUGGAGCACGCCGAGCUCUUCUUCUGGGGGGGCACCAUUGUGCUGGGCGGCGUGGGCUUCGGGAUCCUGUCGCCCUGCUUCAGCGCCAUCAUCAGCGUCAGGGUCUCUGACAAGGACCUCGUCGCACAGCGGCUUCUGCACGGCAGGGGGUUUCCCUUGAACCUGAGGGGCAACUUGAGAGUUGCCACUUCCGUGAGCCAAGGGAGUCCCCCGUGA